AUGACAUCUCUUUUGUGUUCUGAAGUUAGCAGCUUGGAUAACUUUGAAAUAAUGCUUAUAAUAUUUGCAGAUUUCUUGAAUAUGCAAAACAUAAGGAAAUCUAUCUUGACUCAUGUAAAUUUGAAGAGGUCAACCGAAAGAUGGUUUUUGGCUGGGGAUAAGAGUGUGCAUCUGCAAUUGAGAUGUUGGUGCUUUUCAACGGUUGCCAGCUCUGAUCUAAUACUGGAUCGAGUAAUUGCACUGGCCAAGAAGUAUGAUAAAAUCGAUGCCUCAAAGGUUACUGAAACAGCUGAUUUUCAAAAAGACUUGAACCUGGACAGCUUGGACCGGGUGGAACUCCUUGAAGAAGAAUUUUUGGUUGAAAUCCCUGAUGAGAAGGCAGAUAAGCUUACUUGUUGUGCUGAUGUUGCAAAAUACAUAGCCUCCGGAGCUGAGUCAGCUGACCAGAGAAAUGUGGAAAAGCCCUGACUUCUCACUGUUAACUUUGGGAUGUGGUAUUCAAGUGCCUGUGGUUGUGCUAUAUGGAUCUCUGUUAAGUCAGCUUUGUUGCAACAUGAAUGUUAGUUGAUCUAUAGGUUGCUUCAUUGAGGUAAUUAUUGGUAGAAUGCAUAAAGACCCUAAGGUUUCCCUGGUGAAUCUUGCAUGUGGAAAUGCCCUAUUCUAAACAAUAUGAAGUAAUUGGUUCAUCCCAAAUUCUUAAAUAUAUACAUUAGCAUCU